UCUGCACGUGGGUGAAUGCCAUUGCCACCAGUAAGUGUUGACAAGAGCCCACAGGCAGUGAUAGCCAUGAAAAGAAAACACGCAGAUAUAAAACCUAAUCCAGGUCACAAGAGUCCUCACCAAAGUGGACCGUGGAUAAGUGAUCCAAAGCUUACCCAACGAAUAAAACAGUACAUGAAAGCUAACAGCAACAGAAAAUAUCUCAGUGUUUCAUCCAUAUCUGAAGAUUUGCAGCGACAGUAUAGUGAAUACUCUCGAAAGAAGAAGAAUGCUUUUCAGAAAAUGGUUGAUAAAGCCUAUGUUGUGGCUUGUGAGCAGCUUGCAGCAGAAGAGGGGGACACUUUAAAUCUAACAGAAGAAAAUCAUAUGAAGAAAAUAAAAGAUAAAACUGUUUCAGAAAGUUCAGAUGACUCUGAUUCAGACAGAGACAGUUUCUCAUCAGAUAAUCCAGACUAUAUAAAAUUUGAGGACUCCAAUGCAAUGAAUUCCCUGAUGUCUGAUUUCUACAAAAGUUCACCAAUACACACAAAGCCUGGUGAAAAGUCUCAAGUAAAUAAGGAAAGUAGUCCGCUGCCUGUUGACAUGAAAGGUGGGAAAAAUACACAAAGAGCAUCACCCAAGGUUGGAGGCUGGUAUAUUGACAGAGGGACACCUAAAACUACAAACAAUGAUGUUGAUGUUAUUGGUGGCAUCGCUGACAAUGGCAGUGAACGUACCGAAGACCGAGAUGUCAGCAUCACUGAGACAAGCAAGUCGUUGUUGCAGACACCAAUGUCAGGGAAGCCGCAGAAAGAUGAUAUUAUGAAGAGUGGGAAGAAGAAAGUAAGAAAGCUAGGUGAUAAACGAGAAGAAAAGAAAAAAGGACCUGCAGUGCAGACGUCGAGUGUUACGUUCCAUGAUGUGGGAGGGAAUGAUGCUACACUGCAGGACAUAUGCAAGUUGCUGGUGCACAUGAAGCACCCUGAAGUCUACCAGAAGCUGGGGGUAACCCCACCCCGAGGAUUCCUCUUGCAUGGGCCCCCAGGAUGUGGCAAAACACUCCUAGCUCAUGCCAUUGCUGGGGAGCUUGAGAUGCCCUUCAUCAAGAUUGCCGCAACAGAGAUUGUGUCAGGGGUAUCAGGAGAGUCGGAAGAGCAGAUCCGGGACUUGUUUGAAAAAGCUGUUGGCUGUGCCCCCUGUGUCGUAUUCAUAGAUGAAAUUGAUGCCAUCACACCAAAGAGAGAGACAGCAUCGAAGGACAUGGAAAGGAGGAUUGUAGCUCAGUUGUUGGCGUGUAUGGAUGAUCUGAACACAAAGACUGUCCCUGUGUUAGUAAUAGGAGCAACUAAUAGACCUGACUCUCUUGACCCUGCACUCAGACGAGCUGGCAGGUUUGAUAGAGAGAUCUGUCUCGGGAUCCCUGAUGAAAAUGCAAGAAUGAGGAUCCUGCAGGUGCUGUGUCGAGGUCUACGUCUGACCGAAGACUUCAACUUCCAGCAUCUAGCUCACCACACCCCAGGUUUUGUUGGAGCAGACCUGAUGGCCUUGGCCAGGGAGGCGGCCAUGAUUGCUGUCAACAAGGUGUUUCAGGAACUGCAGAAGGAGAAAGAGAUGUCCCUUUCAACGCCCAGCCAACCAGGCACCAACAGUGUAGAAGAAGACUGCCCUGACAGCAGGAAACACAUGUCUCCAGAACUUGCAUCAGUGUUGUCAUGGUUAAGGGAUCAGCCACCAUUGUCAGAACAGCAAUUACAGGAUCUUUUCAUUAAGAUGGAGGACUUUGAGGAGGCUCUAAAGCAUGUGCAGCCAUCAGCCAAGCGUGAAGGCUUCGCCACAAUUCCCGAUGUGACAUGGUCUGACAUCGGGGCUCUCCACUCAGUGAGGGAAGAACUGCAACUUGCCAUUCUGGCACCAGUGCGACACCAAACAGAGUUCCAGUCACUAGGGUUGACCAACCCUCCAGGGAUACUGUUGUCAGGACCCCCAGGGUGUGGCAAGACCCUCCUGGCCAAGGCAAUUGCGAAUGAAUCUGGAAUCAACUUUAUAUCAGUCAAAGGACCAGAGUUGCUUAACAUGUAUGUUGGUGAGAGUGAGAGAGCUGUGAGGCAGGUCUUCCAAAGGGCACGCAACUCCUCCCCAUGUGUCAUCUUCUUCGACGAGCUUGAUGCUCUUUGUCCCAAGCGAUCAGGCUCAGGAGAGGGAGGUUCAAGUGUGCGGGUUGUCAAUCAAAUGUUGACGGAGAUGGAUGGGCUGGAAUCUCGUAAGCAAGUCUUCAUCAUGGCUGCCACAAACAGACCAGACAUAAUCGAUCCUGCCAUCCUGCGCCCUGGUAGACUGGAUAAGUUGUUGUAUGUGGGGCUGCCAUCGCAGGAAGACAGGCUGGAUAUCCUCAAUACCAUCACCAAGAAUGGAACCAAGCCACAACUGGCUCCAGAUGUCAGUCUUGCCACAGUAUCCAUUGAUCCGAGAUCUGAAGGAUUCACUGGAGCUGAUCUGGCUGCACUGGUGAGGGAAGCAUCAGUGACAGCACUGAAGGACAUCAUCAAACUGCCUGUCUCCGACCGCCCUGCAACAGUCAGUGUCACAGCACAACACUUCGAGUCUGCCUUCAACAAUGUCAGGUCAUCAGUCUCCAAAAAGGAUCAAGAAAAGUACUUAAGAAUGAAGGAUUCUUUAAGAUCUUGACAAUUGUGUAAUCUGUACAUUCUCUGUGUAAAUUAAAGCCAUGUUAUAUUCA